GCUCCGGCCCGCCCCCGCCAUGAGGCGGCUCCGUGCGUGCAGCCGGCAUGGAGCGAGCGGGGCGGCGCGGCCGGACCCAGGGGUGCCCGGCCUGGGGGGUGCUGCUUCCCCCUUUCCUCCUCCUCCUCCUGGCAGAAGAUUGUGUGGCUCUGUGUGAUAAUGACUGCAAAGCUUACUGCUGUGAUGGGACUACUCCCUACUGCUGUUCAUAUUAUGCCUACAUUGGGAAUGUCUUUUCGGGCACAGCAAUAGCUGGCAUUGUUUUUGGCAUAGUGUUCAUAAUGGGAGUGAUUGCUGGGAUUGCCAUCUGCAUCUGCAUGUGCAUGAAGAGCAGCCGUGGCACUCGAGUGGGGGUCAUCAGAGCCACGCACAUCAACGCCAUCAACACGUACCCGUGGCUCCACCAGCAUACAGUUAUGAAUAUGGAAUGGAGUACCCAGCUGACCUACCUCCACCUUAUACUCCAACCCCACAGACUGUAAUACAGUAUCCCCCACCCCCUCCAUACCCUGGAUAUUCAGGGAAAUAAUUCACUUGGCUUUACAUGGAUGCUGACUGUCUCUUGAAACAGCCAGCACUGUUGGGACAAUGCUAUUGGCUCAGGGACAACAGGGUUGGGUUUUGCAUCAACACAUGUGGCCAGGUGUUGAAAUAAACUGUGGAGAUUUUCAAGACUCAGGAUGAAUAAAAAUACUGUCCACUCUGGACCAUCAUGUUUCAUGAUUAAACGACAUGUGACCAAAGAAACAGCUCCUGUAAGCUGGUGUCUGAUGAGAAGUGCUCAACAGCAGUUCUUAUCUUCACCUGCAGCACAUGGGAGUGGGGCUGUUCCCAUGUAGGAAUGUGCAAGUGGUUCCACAAACUGUUUCAAAAGCACAAAAGGCAGCUGCUGGGGCUUAUUCUGGGGGAAAGUGUCAUUGUCUUGAGAUAACCACUAUGCCUUUGAAAUGAGGGGAAUAAGAAAGAACAAGGAAUAUUGCAACUCUUCCAUUUUUACUUCCACCUGAUAAUGCCCAAUGAUCACUGUGCAUAUUGGUCUGAUAAGCAUGUUACAAGGAGAAGUGCUGUUAGAGUUUUCUAUAAUUAAAAAAAGAUGGGUAUUAUUUUUGGCCAAGUGCAUAUUUUUUAAGUGCCUCUUUUUAAGCAUUUUGUGACUAGUUUAUGAACUGAAAUGUUAACAUAAGGAGAAUUUUUGUAUGUGAAAUACACUAAUUUAUAACUGAUUUACUUUUACCUGGACUUAAAAGAUCUAUACAUUGGAAAUAUGUUUAAAUGCCUUUUAUAUCAGCAAAUCAUAUUUUGAUUUUAGUAUAAAAUACAGAAUCAGCAAAACUCAGAAAUGUGAGAAAAAAUGCAAAACAAUUUGACUUCAGUUCAAUUGCAUUAAGCCAGGGGUUUUAAAUCAUAUUAUUUACCAGUAAUGAGGAUAUUCAGCCUUAGCAAAGAAUGAGGGUAGAGACUGUGAGCAUAUGAUUACUUCUGAAUGUUUUUUGGGCAUUUUAUUACCCUAGGUCACCAAGUAAUACUUUUUACAUUUGUCAAGCAUGUUGUUCAAACCUACUUAUUCUCUACUAUAUGCAGUCCAGAUCUUUAUGAUUUAAAAUGUUCCAUGUACUUAUGAAGAUAACUGUGAUUCUGCAGCAGCUAUUUGACUUCAGAAUAGUGUAUCCCAUUACCUAAAGUAUCUUAAGACUUCUAUUUUUCUCAGGUUUAUAUGCAAACCACAAAGAGUGGGUCUCUUCAAGAAUUUAAAACUGCUGAAUGCUCUUAGUUUGAGUAGGGUAUCUAAGCAGUUUGAGAAUGUUACAGUUGUGGCAUCAACUUCAGGUUACUUCAGGUUCACUGAGAUCAGAAUGCAUUUAAAUGUUUUCCAGUACAGCCUUUCUCUUCUUUUCAAGUGUAUCCAUGUAGUAAUAAAUAAAAAAGCAGUUUGCAAAAAGGA